UUACUGUAUUUGCAGUCUGUUUAUAUAAGAUACGCUCAGAGCCGGUGCUGUCAGUUUGUGACCUUGCGUCUCCUCAGCGAUAUCUCUCUAGCCAUGGUUCAACCCAGAGUUGCUGUUGUAACUGGAUCCAAUAAAGGAAUCGGUUUUGGGAUUGUCAGGAAUCUUUGUAAACAAUUCGAUGGUAUAGUGUAUUUAACUGCUAGAGACGUAGGAAGGGGUAAAAAGGCUGUAGAAGAGUUGAACAAGUUGGGCUUAAAACCUGAAUUCCACCAAUUGGAGAUCGAUGAUGCUGACAGUGUCGCCAACUUUGCUGAAUUCAUUAGGAAGAAGCAUGGUGGAAUCGAUAUACUGGUUAACAACGCCGCCAUUGCUUACAAGCAUGAUGCACCCGAACCAUUUGGAGAACAAGCUGAAGUAACAUUAAGAGUGAAUUUCUUUGCUCUUAUAAACGUCUGCAAUGCUCUUUUCCCGCUCCUUCGACCUCAUGCUCGUGUGGUUAAUGUUUCUAGUGCUUUAGGUUUCCUGGGGAGGGUACCCGGCGAGGACCUGAGGAAGACUUUAGGCGAUCCUAACCUGACUCUGAAAGAUCUGACAAAUCUAAUAAACCAGUUUAUCUCAAAAGCGAAGGCUGGAACUCAUACAGAAGCUGGCUGGCAGAAUUCCGCUUACGGUGUGUCCAAAGUUGCAGUCAGCGCUUUGACGAGAAUCCAACACCGGGAAUUCUUAGAGGACUCCAGAGAAGACAUUGUUAUUAACCAUGUCCACCCAGGUUACGUAAUUACUGACAUGUCGAGUCAACAAGGACUUCUAACUGUAGAGCAAGGUGCAGACGCUCCGACAUAUGCAGCUUUGCUACCAGCUGGUACAACGUCGCCAAAAGGGGAUUUUCUUUGGCACGACCGUAAAAUUAUAGAUUGCUUGGGUUUAAAACCAGAAUUCCACCAAUUGGAUAUCGAUGAUUCUCACAGUGUCGCCAACUUUGCUGAAUUCAUUAGGAAGACGCAUGGUGGAAUCGAUAUACUGGUUAACAACGCCGCCAUUGCUUACAAGAAAGAUGCACGUGAACCGUUUGGAGAACAAGCUGAAGUAACUUUAAGAGUGAAUUUCUUUGGUCUUAUAAAUGUCUGCAAUGCUCUUUUCCCGCUCCUUCGACCUCACGCUCGUGUGGUUAAUGUUUCCAGUGCUUCAGGUUUCCUGGGGAGGGUACCCGGCGAGGACCUGAGGAAGACUUUAGGCGAUCCUAACCUAACUUUGAAAGAUCUGACAAAUCUAAUAAACCAGUUUAUCUCAAAAGCGAAGGCUGGAACUCAUACAGAAGCUGGCUGGCAGAAUUCCGCUUACGGUGUGUCCAAAGUUGCAGUCAGCGCUUUGACGAGAAUCCAAAACCGGGAAUUCUUAGAGGACUCUAGAGAAGACAUUGUUAUUAACCAUGUCCACCCAGGUUACGUAGUUACUGACAUGUCGAGUCAACAAGGACUUCUAACUGUAGAGCAAGGUGCAGACGUUCCGACAUAUGCAGCUUUGCUACCAGCUGGUGUAAAACCAGCUUAUUCAGUUUGGAAAUUGUUGAGAUUGAAAGGUGUUAAAUUAUUUCCUACUUAUUUGAGAAACCAUAGUUUAGGUAUGGAAGUGGAAGAACCAAUUCCUCCCAAAGUAGCCAUCCUGGGUUUGAAACCAGAAUUCCACCAAUUGGAUAUUGAUGAUGCUCAAAGUAUCACUGAUUUUGCCAAUUUCAUCAAGAAGACUCAUGGAGGAAUCGAUGUACUGGUCAACAAUGCUGCGAUUGCUUACAAGAAUGAUGCCACUGAACCCUUUGGAGAACAGGCUGAAGUGACCUUAAGAAUAAAUUUUUUUGAUUUAAUUAAUAUUUGUUCAGCUCUGUUUCCGUUUCUUCGGCCACAUGCUCGUGUUGUUAAUUUGUCUAGUUCUGCUGGCUUUUUGCAAAGGAUUCCUGGUGACAAACUGAGAGAAAAGUUUGCAAAUCCUCAACUAUCACGAAAUCAUCUGAUCCGUCUUAUGAACGAGUUUGUUAUAGAAGCGAAAGCCGGAACACAUGCUAAUACUGGCUGGCCAGAUUCUGCUUACUGUGUUUCUAAAGUUGGAGUUAGUGCUUUGACGAGGAUUCAGCAGCAAGAAUUCUUGAAGGACUCUCGGGAAGAUAUUAUAGUUAACCACGUCCAUCCAGGGUAUGUCGAUACCGAUAUGACAAGUCACAAGGGACCACUAACAAUCGAAGAAGGAGCGGAUGCCCCAACUUACCUAGCUCUCUUACCACCCAAUAUAGAAUCGCCAAGAGGAGAUUACAUUUGGUUCAACCGUGAGAUAGUAGACUGGGUAAACGGACCGCUGGGUCUGAAACCAGGAUUCCACCAAUUGGACGUCGAUGAUCCUGAAAGCAUCACCAAUUUUGCCGAGUUCAUCAAAACUACUCACGGUGGAAUUGACGUAUUAGUCAACAAUGCUGCGAUUGGGUUCCCGCGUGACGCCCCGGAACCAUUUGGAGAACAGGCGGAAAUAACUUUGAGAGUGAACUUCUUCGCUGUGAUUGAUGUCUGCAAUGCUCUUUUCCCGCUCCUUCGACCUCACGCUCGUGGCUCCGGGCGACCAUUAAUGGAUAUUGAGAAAGCUGUUGAAUCAUAUCCGUCCACGAAUACUCGCGAACUUGCCAUAGAGUGUGUUGUGUCGAAAGAUACUGUUACUCUCCAUGAGGAAGUUGAAAAAGAGCAAAAAGCAAAAGCUGGAACACAUCUUGAGGCUGGCUGGCUGAAUUCCGCUUAUUCUGUAUCCAAGGUUGCAGUUAGCGCCUUAACCAGGAUUCAACAUCGGCAGUUCUUGGAGGACCCUCGAGAAGAUAUCGUCAUCAAUCACAUCCACCCAGGAUAUGUUGAUACCGAUUUAACCAAUCAUAAAGGACCCCUUACUAUCGAGCAAGGUGCCGAUGCCCCAACCUACGCAGCACUCUUACCGCCAGGCACAACAUCACCGAAAGGAGAUUUAAUUUGGUAUACUAGAGAAAUAGUUGACUGGGUGAAUGGGCCUACUCCGAAGUCUUAAAUUGUUCCUUGUAUUGUACCUUAUUUGUUUUAUGAAUGAAUUUCUGUGAUAAAAAUGUUAUGCAUAUUAAAAAUGUUUAUUGUAGAGUUUUUAUUAUAUUUUUUUAUGAAUUGAGUCGUUGUUCUCAAUGACUUCGAAAUGGAAAGCUUCAUUUUUCCAGCGCGUUAGAAUUCGAAAAAAAAAAUUAGAUAAUGUUUGUUCAAUUUAUUUAUUUUUUUCAAAUUCUAACUCCCUGCAAGAAUGUAGCUUUAAACCCUGAAAGAGAAUAUAUAAGCGGAUUAGAGGUCUCCAUUUGUGGGUAGCAUAGUGUAAGUUCUCUUUCAAAAAUUUUUCAAGGGGCACAUUUUUAUGAGAUUAUGAAUUUUGUUUUGCCGACUAUGAAAUGUUGCCUUCCACUUAGACGAUUUCACAUGUUCCUUACGAAGACAAUUAACAAGGUCAAUAUGGUGCUAUGAAAGGCAAAGCUGAUGAGAGUAUGUGUGGACUCAGAACAGAGGAAUUGGGGAGGAGGGGGACGAUGUCCAUGUUCCUGCACUUCGACAUAUCCGCCUUCCACAGCGUCUGGUGCCCACUGGUACUCUAACAGUAGCAGAAAUAUAAUGUUCUCAGCAACCUUUACGCCUUCUUACGGAGCUAUCUUUUAGGACAAGGUUAGAAGCAGUUCCUUCGAAACUGAAUCUUCCAUGGAGAGGGUAUGCGCAUACAGAUCGAUAGUAGACCCCGCUUUGUGGUAGCUAGUUUCUGAGAG